AGCCAUGUCAGCACCAGUGGUGGUGAAGCAGUUCCCUCUGGAGAAGGAGUACGCCAAGAAGACCGGAGUCACUCCUGAGGAUGUGGCCAAGUUGCGGGCCUGGCUGACCACCCAGCCCCACCUACCUGGGGACCUGCUUACAGAUCUGGACCUGAUACUGGCGUACUACUGCUGCCAGCGCAGCGCCGAGGUCUCCAAGCAGGUGUUAGACCUCCACUUCACUUUAAAAACCCUCUUCAAUAACUUCUUCAAAGACCGCCUAGUCACAGAGAAGACCUUCGCUACUUUAUCCAUGUGUGGCACGGUGCCGAUAAAGGCGCGCGCGUACGACGACUCGGCCGUUUUCUACUGCUGUCUCACCGACGCUGACGCCAAGAAGUUCGUCUUCCAUGAGUGCAUCAGAGUGGCCCUGAUGACACUAGAUCUCUGGCAGGAGGAGGAGGGCACUUGGCCCGGGCUGCAGAUCAUCUUCGAUAUGAGGAUGUUCAGCCUGCAGCACCUCGCCAAGCUGGAUCUUCAGACCAUGCAGCAGUUCUUGUAUUAUCUUCAGGAAGCCAUGUUGGUAAAAGUGACGGGUCUUCAGUUCAUCAACGCGCCCUCCUUCAUCGACAAAGUGAUGAUGCUGAUCAGGCCUUUCCUCAAGAAGGAGCUGAUGGAGUGCCUGUUCAUUCAUCAGAUCGGCGCCACCACGUUGGAGAAGCAUCUACCCAUGGACAGCUUGCCAGAAGAGGCUGGUGGAAAGGGUGUUUCUGUGAUCAAGGCCACCGAGGACCUAAAAGAACGUAUGCGACUCAACACAGACUUCUUCGAGCAAGAAAACAAAAGACGCGUAGUGGAGUCUCGGAGGCCUGGCCGGCCGAAGACCAUCUCCGACAUCUUCGGAGGGAUCGAGGGCUCUUUCAAGAAGCUUGACAUUGACUAGUUGUUAUUAAUACUUAUUUGCUUAAACGGGAUACUGUGUAAAAAUCGUUAAAAAAUAUACUUUAAUGACAUUUUAAUAAGAAUAAUGGCCAGUCCCUAAAAUAUCAAGAGAACAAAAGACGCGUAGUGGAGUCCCGGAGGCCUGGCCGGCCGAAGACCAUCUCCGACAUCUUCGGAGGCAUCGAGGGCUCUUUCAAGAAGCUUGACAUUGACUAGUAGUUGUUAUUAAUAUUUGCUUAAACGGGAUACUGUGUAAAAAUCUAAAAAAAUAUAUUUUAAUGACAUUUUAAUAAGAAUAAUGGCCUGUCCCGAUAUGUCAAGAGAAGAAGAGAAGGGUAGUGGAGUCCCGGAGACCUGGCCGACCGAAGACCAUCUCCGACAUUUUUGGAGGGAUCGAGGGCUCUUUCAAGAAGCAUUGACUAGUAGUUCUAAUUAUUAAAUGACGGAAUAAUCGGGCCGAUUCGAACUUUAACAUACGUCAAUUAAUAGUCAUAGUCAUAGUCAUAGUAUUUAUUUGCUUGAAUUAUGGUACAUUGUAGAUGAAUAGAUCUAGAAACGAUAUGGAUUAAAUAUGUCAGUGUCAAAAGUGACGUUUUUGUUUGAAGAAACGACACAUUUGACACUGACACAUAUAAUCCAUAUCGUUUCUAGAUCUAUUAAUAGACGUAUCUUAAAGUUCGAAUCGGGCAGAAUGUGUAAAAAUCGUAGGGGCAUGGCUUUAGUCUAUAUUAGAGGAAAAUGAGGACUACGUUUGUAAUAAAAGGCGAUUUCGCACAGGUCCUCCACUUUCGUCUUAAACGGGACAAUGUGUUAAAAUUUAAAAAGUAGUUCAUUUAUACAAGCUUUUAUUUAGUUUAUUGUCUGUCUGUGUGUACGUCUGUAUUCAAAUCUUGCAAGUUAAAUUUGACCCACAAGUUUCCGAUGAAGCUGAAAAUUUACAUGCAUAAGUCGGGUGACAAUAUAAUAUUUAUAUUAAGGAUGACUCAAGCUAGACAGGGCCCGGGCCGGGCCGGAGCUUCCGGCGCUUCGCUUUUUAUGGAAAGCACCACGUGAUCACCGCCUCGGAACGGGCACGGCCCGGUCUAGCGUGAGUCAUCCUUUAUAGUAUCAUCGAACUGAUCUGUUGAUGAAGACAGGAGGUGGCCCUAGGAACUGUGAUAAAACAAAACGCAACCUAUUUGUUUGGGGUUUUUAGAAUUGUCUCGAUAAUACAUAAUUAGUUGCCUGUGGAAAGAAAACCACAGUCAGAGAUAAAAGGUUGAACCAAAAAUUAAAUUUUCGCUAAAAACUUAUUAUAUGGAGUAGCUGUCACGAAAAAAUAUCUCAAUUGUGUCUAGAAAUAAUGUCAAUUGUGUGUUGUUAUCGUAGUGGCUGUAUGUAUACAUGCACUUUGUGAUAAUUUAUAAAAAAUUUAAAAUAUGUGAAAGUAUCAA